AUGGAGUGGGUGACGUGCGAGAGGUGUGGAAAUGGGAGCUUGGUAGAACCGGGAGGCAGGAGUAGACAGCGCCGCAGGGAAGCAAAGAAGGAGAUCCGCUCACACGCCGCGACGAACUUGCAGGCCUACGCGGGGGGGAUCUCUGGACUUCAGACGAACUUGCAGGCCUACGCGGGGGAUCUCUGGACUUCAGACGAACUUGCAGGCCUACGCGGGGGGAUCUCUGGACUUCAGACGAACUUGCAGGCCUACGCGGGGGGAUGUCCGCAUCUCCGGAUGUCUAGUGGCACGUUUUCCAACUGCAUGACGGGGAGAAGCAGGAGAUCCGGACUGCAAGCCUGUCCAGAUGUGAACCAACAGGGGAGCAGGGAGCUGGACUCAACCCAACCUCUCAGCGAGAUCGACAUCUCCCAAGGCCGUUACGAAGAGCUCAAGCCAGCCCAACCGACGGGUACACAAGGUGAGCACAAGGUCAUACAACAAGGCACGGAUCGGAGUACCCCCUCCGUGAGUCGACAAGUCUGGGCAAGUGGAAGAUCGACACUCAUACAAGCAAUUUUGUGA